AUGGCCAAGUCUCGGGAAAGUGUUUUGACGGAAGAGGAGAGCAGAGCACAGCCUCCGUUUACGUUUCAAGGAGAAGUCAAAGAAGACGUCAAAAAGAGCGACGGCAAGAAGAAAUUCAAGCUGAAGUUUCCCAAAAAUAAGCUAGCGCAGAUUAGCCGCGCCAUUCGCAGCCGGAAAACCAAGAAGCAAGAAGCCGCAGAGGUCAAAGGUCAUGGAGACAGGAACAGGAAGGUGGAGGUUUCAUCACCGCGCCCGAAAAAGCAGCAGGUGAAGGAGCUGUGCAAAAACGCCCUGGACUCCAUCGACAGCCUCGAGCAGUCCCUCAGGCAGCUGGAGAUUAGCAUGGAUAGCUUUGGCAUGGAUAGCCCUAGCACGGAUCCCUUUGGCAUCGCUACGUCUCCAGACACAAGGGCGAGCGUGGAGCCGCAGAGAAAGAGAUCCAAAGCGGCGGAGAGAGGAGCGGAACAGCUCUCUUCCUCUGCUCCCCCUGAUGCCCUGACGUCUCCUCGGCUUCUGCACCGUAAAAGGCCCAGCUCUCUCUCUCAGCAGGAACAGCUGCAUCCAGCCUCGCCCUGA